UGAACACGUGAUCUGUCAUGCGCAAGUAUAACUUUGCAGUCCCGUUGUUCCAAAGUCAGUCCUAGCAUUCCCGCACAGGUGCACGGAACAUUAUCUGUGAAUGCAAAAUGAACUUCCUCGUGGCAAUAGUCCUCAUUCCAAUUUUGGGAAUCGCAGCAAGUGCCCCAUCUAAAUCGGAUGUAAUUCAGGUAUCAAGCUCUGAGGAUAUGGACGAUGACGAAAAUUCAGUUAGCACUACUCCCAGUCCCAGAGAUGACUGUACCAAAGGCUGUCAGAUACUGGUGGUUGACACGUCCGAAGCGGAUAAGCGGUGCCAGGGGAAUGUCAGACUUGUCCCUUUACUUGAAGGUGAUCCGGUUUACUUAGCACUCGAGGGAACAGAGUGCAGGCCAGGAACUCGCCGGAACUCCACGUUUGUCGUAGGGGUUUUGGAUCAAGAAACCAGCUGCACCAAAAUUCACAAUCGAAUGUCCCGAUGACAUAGCAUACGUUCUCAAGAAUGGGCAAGAGGCGAAGGAAGUCUCUUGGGAAAGUCCGUCCAUUAGCGGCGAGUCCAACGUCAGCGUCUUGGGAAGCCCCCCAUCAGGGAGUGUAUUUCACAGAGGAGUUACUGUGGUGACCUUGGAGGCAACAGAUGAGGAAAUGAACACCGCCAAAUGUACAUUCACCGUAAAUAUCCUUGUGAGUUCGCACAGUACACUGUCGUUUACCAAUGUAAACGUCCACGAAUUUUGUUUCACGUUUGAAAGAGGGUAUGACAGAUAUGUUCAUAGAGAUGUUUUCCCGUUCAAAAAGUCCUGUACGAUCAAACACCGUUAUGU